AUGACAAAGUCGGUUGACCAGUUUCUCGCCGAACAGAAAACGACUCCUUCUAAGCACUUGGUGAUUGGGAACGAAGCUGGCGACGCUGAUAGUAUCAUAAGUGCCAUUGGUCUUGCAUAUGUCGAGUCUGUUGGAAAGCCAGAAUCAGACUCUGCGGGGCUCAAGACACCGAUCGUUAGCAUCCCGAAAGAGGAUUUGAAAUCGCAGCGUCCGGAAACCGUUCUUUUGAUGGAACUGGCGGGAAUUUCACACGCCGUUGAUCACUUGUUUUUUGUCAAUAGUGAUAUUGUAACUCAUCCGGAAACCGAAAUGGAUGUUACCUUGGUGGAUCACAACCGCUUGGGAGAAGAUCUCGUGAAUAUGCCAUGGAAAGUGGUGGAAAUUCUAGACCAUCACAGGGACGAAGGGCAGUACCUAGAUACAUGUUCAGGAGAAUCUCGGAAUAUUGCUUUCGCUGACGGACAGGCACAGGUAGCUAGCGCAUCGACUCUGGUUGUGGAGCGUUUGCGGGACUUUUGUCAAGAGCCCUAUCCAUCUUCCCUCAGUACGCUUUUACUUGGUGCGAUAUUGCUCGAUUCAGUUAAUAUGUUGCCAGCGGCGGGCAAAGGUACGGCACGUGAUGCAGUCGCCAUCCAAAGCUUGUUGAACGGAACAAACUGGUCAGAUCUUUCCGAGAAGACCAAGUCAAUAUUACAAGUGUCAGAGGGGACAGGGGAGCCAAACACCACUGCCAUGUUUGAAGCACUCCAAAACGCAAAAUUCGAUUUGGAAUUUUGGAGAGCGCUGUCCGUAAGGGAUGCGCUCCGGUUGGAUUACAAGGAAUUCACAAUCGAUAACGAUAGCGAGGAGAGUUCGUCUUUUGGGGUGUCGACCGUCCUCAUGCCAUUGAAUGACUUUCUGUCCAAAUCAAAUGCUUCUACAAAAAUUGAUGCCUACAUGAAGGAGAACGAUGUGACUUUUCUUGGAAUCAUGUUGGCCUUCACGGAAGGCGACUCACACCGUCGGCAGCUGGUUCUAUGUGGACUGAACGGCUUUCCUCUCCAACUUUUGGUCGAUUACUUGAUCGAGCACAACAACGAUGAUAAAAAUUCUCUCUGGCUUCAAGAACUGGAGGACGCUUUUAUGGAGGAUCAUUCAGAUGGUUUGGCCAUGCGCUUUUACGACCAGGGAAAUGCCAAGGCCAGUCGCAAACAAGUUGCUCCCAUACUGACCCGAUUCUUUGAAACAAGCACUACCGCAGCUGCCAAAUUGUGA